CGCUUAUAAGUCGCUAAUCGAACACGAGGAACACGAGAGAUACGAGAUACGAGUUGAUUUUUAUCUAAAAAAAUAUAUAUAUUAUUGAUAUAUAUUGACAUAAACAUAAAAUAUGGGUAAGGAGAACGAAUCGGAUAGUGCGAAAAAAAGAAGAAAGUCUGUAAAUGCGAGCAGUGGAACAGCGUCGAUGAAAGACGGAGAUAUGUAUAAGACAAUAAUCAGUUACGAAGAGAAGGAAGCUAUCGAGAGAUUGUCCGAGGAUGAUUCCGAAUCCUUUUUGCUAACCUGCGACGAUAUUCGAGCAGCGAUGACGAAAAUAGCUAAAUUGAAAUCCAGUGGUGACUCAAACAUGAAAGAUGAGAUCCGCGAGCUGCAAAUUCAAACGUCCCUGGCUUUUAUAGAACUAAAGAAACUAAAUCGCAUGGAAAAGUUCCGUACAAAAUCAGCACGCGACUCUCUAGUGGCUGCCAAGAGUAGCGUUGAUAGCAGACACCUGCAUUUACAGAAUUUAUUGUACGAAGUAAUGCAUUUGAAGAAGGAAGUUAUUAAAUGUCUUCAAUUCAAAUCCAAAGAUGAAUUGAUAGAACUUGUUUCAGAAGAGGAAUUUUAUAAAGAAGCUCCAGAAAGUAUCUCACGACCUGAAAUAACAAAGAAUAAUCUUCAUCAAUUGAGACUGGCUCGUUUGGAAUGGGAACUGACGCAACGAAAGCAACUGGCGGCAUUGUGCGAUGAAUUGACAGAGAGUAAAAAGGCAGUAGCGUCCAGUAUUGAAACGAAACAGACUCGUUUGGAUAAUCUCGCGCCACAAUUGCGUUCUAUAUUGGAAGCGAGCAAACCGUUACAAGAAAGUCUUGGAUUGCCGUUGGACAAAAUUCGCCAGGAGCAUCAAAAGGCUUCAUUGCUUGCAUCACCGCUCUAUGUAUUGUAUGCGAAGGCAUCUGCUUACAGGGAUGCUUAUGAUAGUACAUUGCUGGUCAGAGUGGAAGGUGACGAAGACGAAGCGAGACGCGCAAACAAUCAUGACGGUUUACAAGAGUCUGACUCGGAUACUGAAAAUCAAUCGGAAAGUAUCGUGGAAGAAAUGCCCGUGCAUAAGAAAAGACAUCACAGAUUAUCCCGAGAAGCUAGGCAAGAAGAGAAACGGUCCAAACUAUUGCAGCGACAUCCGUUGCGCGUAAAAAUAGUUAUUACACUAAAAAGUGAAACAAGGCUGACGCUUCACUUUUAUUACAUGAUACAUUUGAAAGUUGUUACGGUAGAAUCGAAACUCGAAACAGAAGAUUUGGGAGGUAUUAGUGCUGGAGACAUGCUGGUAUCCGAAUCGGUUCUUCGCGAAUUGUACCCACGAGAUUUAGGAUUGGAAAGUCCGAAUCCCGCCAAUCAGUAUCAACUGUCGCGACAUAACUUGGGAUCGUUUUCGUCUUUGGGACUAGGCGUUCCCUACAAAUGGGCACAAAAGAUGGCCGGCCUACAUUUUGUCGCGUGCGACGUGAGCGAACAACAACAAAAGCUUACGAGUCAAGAAUUGGCACAAGAUUGUGUGGAGAGUGUGUUAAAGGAAAUUAAACGACGUAUAAAAGCGAGGCUGGACCUAUGUAUGGAAAUACGACAACUAGAAUCUGGCAACUUGCCAAUCUUUAUUAGUACGACUGAUCCCGUGCCGCAGAAAAUCUCAACGUCGUUGCAUCGAUUUACGACCAUGACCUGGAAAAGUUACUCGAAUUACGUCGCUUCACCAGAAUUUUAUCAGCGGGGAUUAGUGUUGUCCGUAGACAUCUUUUACGAGGCUGUACUUCGUCGUGGCAGUAGCGAACUCGUGGCCAGGAUCGCUAUCAAACCAGAUUACCCAAAGAUAGCACCGGUAUUUAGCAUAAGCGUUAGUCCAACGGUGCCAGCGUCUGCCGAUAUAAUCAGAGACAUCGAGAGGGAAGUCAACGUGAUGUGGAUCAAGUCCCCGACGUUGACGGCGCAAAUACAACGGCUGAGAGCAUGCUUCGACAUCUAUCUGGAGACUGAGAGUAUGGCGCCGAAGGAAAAGAUAUUCUUCUAUCCUGUGAGAGGACGGACUCGCGCUCGACCAUACAAAUAUUUGUCGUUGGGAGGAGGCAUAUUCACUCAUCGUUGAAUAAAUUAUGUGAAUGUGAUCCAA